CGAACGACGUCAGGAGGAACGUCCCACGAAGUUCUGGUACCUUUUGCUGUGAUGGCCUUAGCUGGCCCCAGUGAGCCACACGACUAUACAGAGGGCGCGUCAGUCAUCGACAUUAACGCUGCUGUUGCCCAUGCGCGGCGCCAUUCAUCAUAUGGCGGGGACAGUGGACAAGGCGCCAUGUUUGACGGACCAGGACAGGAAUCUAUACCUACAAGCAUAUCGAGGAUGUCCUAUACAGAGAAUGGAUUGGCAGGUAGACGGAGAAGCAGGGAGUGGUCGAGGGGCCGGAUGAAGAGUGAGGAGUCAGUUGGACGUACUAGUCGGAGAAUGAGCACAGAUGGUGACUCACUUUCGCUGGCGGCGGAUGAGACGAGGUCUGAUAGCGAAGAAGAAGCGGGGGAGGACGAAGAAGGCAUAAGCCACAGAGGGCGUAGACGCAGGAGAUCCUUAUCACCUACAUUCAACCGGUCCUCUGUAUUCGAAAACAUUGCUAACUUGUUUAGCCGUGGUACAGGGGAGCGCAGGUUUUCGCCUUCACGACGUUCAUCUGCAUCUUCGACUCGAAAAUCACGACGAAGGUCCUCAGAUGCAGGGUCAGAAUUCGCUCCUGCAAAUGAAGGGAAUGAGCGAUGGGGAUACUCGUCCGGAGAGGAAGAUGAUGCGACAGAGUCCGACGGCUCGCAUCCCUUAAACCCUUUCCACAGCGAAAUAGACUAUGGUUCAUACCCUCCAUCUCCAAGUGCAGGCUCACAUCUCCCUCUCUUUGCCGCUGAUGCAAUUUUCGGCGACGAGGUGCGCAUAGACAUAGACAUACCUCAUGAGCCGCUGAAUCCUCCACCCCCUGGGCCGCCAAGCAGACAAACCAUAUAUGUACCGGAAGAGGACAAUACCUUUCGUUUCGUGGGCUAUGAAGUUAUCAUUUGGCGGCAGUGGCUCUGGCGAGUGUGCUGUGCUGCGACUUUAGGUGUCCUGGGUCUCUUGGGCCACUGGUUCCCUCGUAUAUGGCUACGAUGCGUUGUAGAAGAGAAGGCUUUUAGAGACAUUAAGCAUGGUUAUGUUGUCGUCGAGUCUGCACAUAGAGACAUCACACUGUUCCCUGUCAAGCGUCUAGCAUAUCCAUAUGCCAGAUCAACGGUUUUCCCUGUCUCACCUGCAGAAGCGGAUGGACGACCACAGUUGCUGCCACGCGACGAUAACGGCGAGAGACAGGAAAUUCUCGACGACCUCCAUGUCGUCGAUUAUAGAUACUCACGAUUUGCACUUGACGUUCAGACUGGAUUAUUCGGCAUGAUAAGGAACUGGCGUGAUCCAACCUGGACAGGUCUGCAGUCCAUCCAGAACGGACUUCCUCAGUCUGUGAGGCAUCAACGAGUAAUCUUGUUUGGACCGAACAUUGUCGAUAUCGAAGGCAAAUCGACGAUAUCGCUCCUAGUUGAUGAGGUCAUCCACCCAUUCUACGUGUUUCAAGUGGCCAGCAUCAUCCUCUGGUCAUUAGACGAUUACUAUUACUAUGCAUUCUGCAUUGCCCUGAUUUCUACAUUGAGUGUUGUGACAACCCUGAUUGAUACAAAGAAGACCAUCAAGCGCAUGCGGGAGAUGUCUCGCUUCUCCUGUGACGUUAUGGUUUAUGCAGACGGUGGCUGGGUCGAGCGUGACUCUACCAACCUCGUGCCAGGAGAUAUAGUAAACCUCUCUGAACUACGUGUGCCUCUGUUCCCUGCAGACAUGCUUAUUCUCUCUGGCGACGCGAUUGUGAAUGAAAGCAUGCUAACUGGCGAGAGUGUACCUGUUUCGAAGAAUCUAGCCAAGGAUGAUGAUAUCGCUCGUUGGCGGGAUCUCAAGGACGCCCAGGGUGAGCUUGCCAAGAGCUUUAUUCAUGCAGGGACCAGAGUGGUUCGCAUCCGUGGUGCUCUGGCAAGUGAUGGGACCACAGGACAACCUGCCCUUGGACUUGUUGUCAGAACAGGGUUCAACACGACCAAGGGAGCACUAGUCAGGUCCAUGUUGUUCCCGAAACCGAUUGGAUUCAAGUUUUACCGUGAUUCAAUUCGUUUUAUUGGUGUUCUGGCAUGUAUUGCCACCCUUGGUUUCUGUGCCAGUGCUGUGCAGUUUGUCCGACUUGGGAUUACAUGGCCUGUUAUCCUGGUCCGUGCUCUCGACUUGAUAACGAUUGUGGUUCCACCCGCUCUUCCAGCGACCCUCUCGAUCGGGACGAAUUUUGCCAUCGGACGUCUUCGCAAACUUGGAAUCUUCUGUAUCUCGCCCACGCGUGUCAACAUUGGAGGGAAAGUUAACGUAUGCUGCUUUGACAAGACAGGCACACUCACAGAGGAUGGCUUAGACAUUCUUGGCGUGCGCUCCCUCGACCGCAACGUGCACCGCUUUGGUGAGCUCAUAGACAACGUCCAUGAUCUACCUUCCAUCCGCGACCGCACGAGCUUCCUUCACGCACUCACGACAUGCCAUUCCUUGAAGAUGGUAGAUGGCGACAUUAUUGGCGAUCCACUGGACGUCAAGAUGUUCGAGUUUACCAAGUGGACUCUUGAGGAGGGACUGGUCGCGGGGACCGGCAUUAUCAAAGGAAAAAGUGGCAGCGAACGACCAGCUGCGCUUGUCCAGACUGUUGUGCGACCGCCUGGCAGUGCCCAGUUCCGCCUGGAAGAUGCUCUCAAGACGGGGUCGAAGCAUGCUCAUUUCCUUGAACUUGGUGUGAUCCGUACUUUUGAGUUCGUCUCAAGUCUACGGCGGAUGAGUGUUGUGGUCAAACGGCUCAGGAGCACUAGUAUGGAAAUCUACGUCAAGGGGGCUCCAGAGGUCAUGGUGGAGAUCUGCGAGAAGGACUCUUUUCCACAGGAUUACGACGACCUGCUGUCGUACUAUACAAGGCGUGGGUACCGUGUCAUUGCAAUGGCGGGCAAAAGUAUCGAAGGUUUAUCAUGGCUGAAGGCUCAAAAGCUGAAGAGGGAACAAGCGGAAUCGAAUCUUCGUUUCCUCGGACUAAUCAUCUUUGAGAAUAAGUUGAAGCCGGGGACGACUCCUGCCAUCCAGACCCUCCGGGCCGCUCAUCUGGCAUGUAGGAUGAUUACUGGAGACAACCCGUUGACUGCCGUCAGCGUCGCACGAGAGUGCAGUUUGGUAAGCCAAGCUGCACAUGUCUUCGCUCCUGCAUUCGUCCACGGAAAUGCUAAUACACCCAUGUCGAAACUGGAGUGGUCCUCCAUGGAUAACCCCUCUUGGAAACUGGACGACUACAGCCUCAAACCCUUACCUCCACCUCCACACCUUACCGUAGCAGAGCAUGAGGUCGAGUAUCAGGAUUGUGCGUUGGUUGUGACAGGUGAUGUAUUUAGAUGGAUGAUCAACCACGGUCCUCUUGAAACUGUGCAGCGGAUGCUUGUCAAGACUCAGAUCUUCGCUCGAAUGUCGCCCGAUGAAAAGAACGAGGUUGUCGAAAGGCUGCAGACUCUGGGUUACACUGUGCUAAUGUGUGGAGAUGGCGCGAAUGAUUGUGCAGCACUCAAAGCUGCAGACGUCGGUAUUUCGCUGUCUGAAGCGGAGGCGUCUGUUGCAGCCCCCUUCACCAGCAGGACACCCGAUAUCAGUUGUGUCAUCGAGGUCAUCAAGGAAGGAAGGGCCGCGUUGGUCACCAGCUUUUCGUGCUUCAAAUACAUGGCACUGUACUCCAUGAUCCAGUUCACGACGGUCACUCUGCUAUACUCUUUCGCAUCGUCCCUAGGAGAUUUCCAGUUUCUGUACAUCGAUCUCUUCAUUAUCAUUCCCAUUGCCGUUUCCAUGGGACGAACUCUCCCGUAUCCGCGGAUAUAUCCCAAGCGCCCCACGGCUAGCUUGGUGUCAAAGAAGGUCCUCGCCAGUCUGUUUGGGCAGAUAAUAAUCACUAGCGGUGUCCAAGUGUGGACAUUCUUCUGGGUUAGGCGCCAGGAUUGGUAUCAUCUACCGGAUGCAGACCCUUAUGGCGAUGGUGCCCAUCUCAAGGCCACCAACUUUGAGAACUCAACACUAUUUUUAGUAUCUUGUUUCCAGUAUAUUCUUGUCGCAGCCGUGUUUAGCAUUGGGCCUCCUUACCGCAAGUCGAUGUGGACAAACGGUUGGCUGAUGGCAUCAGUCACUGGUUUAUCGCUCCUGAAUUUACUGGUGCUGUUACAACCUCCGAAGCCCCUUGGGCUGAUUCUUGAAUUGAUGCCCCUUCCGUUCUCUGGCAGAGCAUGGCUAGCGGUAUUUGCGCUCACCAAUGUUAUUGUUUCACUUGCUUUCGAGCAAUGGGCCACCCAAUUCAUCUCACAAGUGAUUGGUGUUUUGAUGAACCUACAUUUGGAGAAGAAAAGAUAUCGUGAGGGAAAGGCGUACAAGGCUGUGGAGGGUGGAAUGCAACGUUGAGUAUAAAUACCUGUGCAGAAAUAUAUAUCAUGAUAUCGAUGCUGUUGUCAAUGAGACGGGCGCUGCAACUUGUUAC